GAGGACGAAUGGAUUUGCAGCUGAUUCGUUCAUUUGUCGUCCGGCUCUCUCUCUCUCUCUUUGUCUUUCUAAUCCUUCGAUCGACGGACAACAUAUAAAUGAGGAACAAUUCCUCGGUUUGUUAACAAUUAAAUAAAUUCAGAGCAAUUCUUUUGUAUUUUAAACUAGUUAUAGUGUGGAACCGUCAAGAAUAGAUCCAUUACACAUCUUAUAUGAAACCAGCCGAAUACAGACUACUUCUCGUCACUAGAGAUGUCAUUGUCAAAACCAGAAGAAUGGAGCAAUGAUAAUGCGUCAACGUCUUGUGACGCCGCUUUACUUUUAUCUCUUGGAGCGAAUGUCGUGGACAGAGAACAGUUCGAUAACAGUUUGGUUAACUUAAUACAACAACAAUUAUUACAAGGACAAAAUCAAGAUGACAUUGAUGAACGUGAAGACGGUCAAAUUUCGGAUGACAAUAAUACCAACGAACCCGUUCAAUUACUUCAGGACCAAGAAUAUAUCUACACAAAUUCUAGAGGGUUACGAAACAAUGAUUCAACAGCAGCUAGUGAGUCUGUCGCAGGCCUCAAUAAUAAUUUGGAGAGUGGUCCAUCAUCACUUGCAGAAGAAACUGAGCAUGAUAAACGGGUGAGACGUGGCGAAGUUACACCCUUUGGGUCAGGAAUUGAAGAAACUGAAAUACAGACGACUUCGAAAAAAGAUACGUUUCUUAACUUCAAUAAGUAUAUGCAAGACCAAAUUGACCUUCAACAAAGAAAAAAAUUAACUGCGACAGGAGCAAGGAAAGAAAAAGCAGGGGAAUCUACAAGGACAUCUAAGAAAACUCACAAAAAGACCCGAAAGGAUCCAUUAAAUUUGAAUAUACUUUUUCCCAAAAAACGGAAGCAGAAAGAAAAACUUGGAUUAGGCGUUAGUGAAAAUCCAAGAGACGCUCGAAAACUACCUGGGAAAUCUUUAGCAGAAACAACAUCAACGUACCUGAACUCUAGUGAUGACAGUGACUAUCUUCCCAGUGACCAAGAGGAUAAUGAAAACUCAGACGAUAAUGGAAACAAAUCUAAAACCAAAGUAGCUCGAUCCACUGGAAGAAAAUUGAAACCGGUGAAAAGAUCGUUGAAGGAUAAAUCCUCAGAUGAAGAUUCUUCAGAUUAUGAUAGUGACUAUAGACGGCCAACAAAAAGAUUGAAAAAGGAGACUGACGAUGGUGACUUAAAAUACUACCAGACUCGAGUUCAGCAUUGGAAAGAGCAGGAAACACGAUUAACUGGAGAGUUCCAAAAGUUUGAUGGUGGAUUCAAAAUUCCAAUUCAUCUGUGGGAAAGUUUAUACCAAUAUCAAAAAGUAGGUGUUAAAUGGCUUUGGGAGCUUCACCAACAAAGAUGCGGAGGUAUACUUGGAGAUGAAAUGGGUCUUGGCAAGACAAUACAAGUCAUCAAUUUCUUUAUUGGAAUUUCGUGUUCAAAUAUGCUAUUUAGGAUGUCACAACAUUGCGGUUUGGGUCCAGUCCUAUUGGUUACUCCUGCCACCGUUAUGCACCAAUGGGUCAAAGAAUUUCAUACUUGGUGGCCCCCAUUUCGAGUUGCAAUUCUUCAUGAGUCGGGGUCCUUCUCCGGAACGAAAGCAGGUCUUAUAAGAUCUAUGAAUGAAGGAAGAGGAUUUCUCAUCACAUCAUACAGUGGAUUAGUUAACAAUCAAAAUGAAAUUUUACAGUACGAUUGGCAUUACGUGGUGUUAGAUGAAGGUCACAAAAUCCGGAAUCCAGAUGCACAAAUAACGCUUGUUGUAAAGCAGGUCAAGACACCUCAUCGUCUUAUACUGUCAGGAUCUCCUUUGCAAAAUAAUUUAAAAGAACUAUGGAGUCUAUUUGACUUUGUUUAUCCGGGUAAACUUGGUAUAUUGCCGACUUUCAUUGAAGAAUUUAGCAUUCCUAUAACUCACGGCGGAUACUCUAAUGCGACACAAGUUCAAGUGGCGAUCGCUUAUAAAUGUGCUAAAGCGUUGAGAGAUUUGAUAAACCCAUAUUUACUGCGUCGAAUGAAAUCCGACGUUAAGGAUCACAUAAAUCUUCCUGAGAAAAGCGAGCAGGUUUUGUUCUGCAAAAUGACAGACGACCAACGAUCUCUUUAUAAGGAUUACAUUGCCUCAAAAGAAAUUGAAGGUAUUAUCAAAGGGAAUUUUAACAUGUUUGUGGGGCUGAUAAAUUUGAGGAAAAUUUGCAAUCAUCCCCACCUUUUUGACGGCGGGCCGAAAAUUAUCAAAGCAAAUCCACACUACAUCAAGUAUCUUCCGAAAACUAAAUCUGGCCUUGGUGAUGCAAAUUCCAAUGAUAUUGAAGAUGAUGAAGGUGAAGACAUUGAUGUAAAUCCAAUUGAUGCUUUCGGACAUUGGUCAAAGUCUGGCAAGAUGGUCGUAUUAGAAACGUUGCUCAAGCUUUGGCAUACCCAAGGCCACAAAGUUCUACUUUUCACACAAAGUAGACAGAUGCUCUGUAUACUGGAAAAAUUUAUAAUUCAAUGCAAGUACAACUAUCUAAGAUUAGACGGAUCAACGUCAAUUGGCUCACGACAACCAAUGAUAACCAAGUUCAAUACCGAUCCAAGUAUUUUUAUUUUCAUUCUCACAACUCGGGUCGGUGGAUUAGGUGUCAACUUGACCGCUGCGAAUCGUGUCAUUUUGUAUGAUCCUGAUUGGAAUCCAUCGACAGACAUGCAAGCUAGAGAAAGAGCUUGGAGGAUUGGGCAGCUACGGGAAGUUACAAUAUACCGACUUAUAACCUCUUUCACCAUCGAAGAAAAAAUUUAUCAUCGACAAGUUUUCAAGCAAUUUCUAACCAAUCGAGUUCUUAAAGAUCCCAAGCAAAAGCGGUUCUUUAAGAGCAAUGACAUGCUCGAACUCUUUACCUUUAAUGAAGGAACCAAAGGAACUGAAUCUCAGGCCAUUUUUGCUGGAACAGGUUCAAACAUCAAAAUAAAAAAACCUAAAAAGACGACGAAACAACCGCGUGAAAAGACUUCUGGAAAAUUAAGAGAUGUCCCAAAUCUAGUUAAGCAGCGGCCAGCAAAACCGCAAUCCAUGACAGCAAUAGCAAAUGAUGAACCCGAAUCUAAUAACCCAAAGUUUUCGGCUACAGGCGAUUCUCAAACAAAUGCAGAACAAAAUGAAUAUGUCCUUCAAAAACUGUUUUCUAAAUCUGGUGUUCAUGCUGCCUUACGACAUGAUAAAAUCGUUGAUACCAACGAGUCUGACUAUAUGAUUGUUGAAAAGGAAGCAGAAUCAGUUGCCAAAAAGGCUAUCGAAACUUUAAAAAGAUCACGACAGCAGUGUUGGGAUGCUCAGUCUGGGCACGUAAAUUACACUGGUCAACAAGGGGAAAUUCGUGUGCAACCUAAACUAAGGUUUGGUAAGAAAAAGUUAGAAAAACCGUCCACAUCAACAUCCACCACCGAAACAACUCUGUUAGAAUCUGCUUCCAGACUGAAAAAGGGGCAACAGCAACUUGAAGAACCCCUUUUACUCGCACCAGACAAGUACUUUUCUGGACACUCGCUCCUUCAAGAGGCUCUUACUAACAAGAAAAUUACCACUUCAAAAAAUGCUGUAAUGUCUUCAGCCGAUUUGUUAUCUAUAAUUCGAGCUAGAAGAUCAUCACUUCCUAUUCCAGAACAACCAGAACCAGGAACAAGUGGUAUGCUAGUAUCCACGGACAGCGACUCACACUCGGGACCAGAAUUAAAACCUGAGCAAAUUGAGCUUCUUGGGGAUAUUCGUGAAUUCAUCGCAUUCCAAGCAACUGUUGAUGGUCAGGCGACAACUGACGAGUUGGUUGAUAAAUUUGGACCUCGACUGCCCAAUGGACAAUCUCCAUUAUUUAAGCAAAUGCUGAGCCAACUUUGUACUUUUAGAAAAGUUGAAGGUCGAGGCAUGUGGCGAUUAAAACCAGAGUUUAGAUAAUUCAAUUAUUAUGUUACAUUACUCCUCAGUAUCGAAAUGUACCAUUAUUUUGUAUGCGUUACUAUUAAUAAUGACGAGAUUAAUAAAUACAUGAAAAUUUUGAAGGCA